CUACAGAAAGUUGACAUUGUGGCACAAUUUUAUUUCCUUUUAAGAUGGUUGAAGGAAAGAAAGGAAAGAGGUUAAGCUAAAAGGAAAAUAAAUAAAUAAAGUUUUAUUUAAACAAGUUUUUGAGGUCAUUUGAGGUGAUUUUUCUUAAUAUUUCAUCAAUGCAUUUUUUCUUGGUAUCCUUUUAAAACCCAAAAGGAUUUUGUUUGGAAACAUUUACACAAGUAUUUCCAAAAGUUGUGAUUCAUCCAGUUCCUCGACUUAACAGCAGUUAUUAUCUAAAAUGUUUUUCCUUUUGAAUUUAUGUGCUCCAUUCUCCCUUUUCCAGAUACAUUGAGAGGCUGAGGGCCAGAAACGAACGACUGACUGCAGCUCUGGAGCGAAGGAAAGCAGAAUCGGAGCAAAUGAGUGUUAAACUCAACAGACUUGAGUCUAACUUCUCGACCCUGCAGUUGGCUUUGAGAUACAGUGAGGAAUGUGAGGAGGCCUACAGCGAGCUGCUGUCACUUUAUGAUGCAGAGAGGCUGCAAAACGUCGCUCUGCAGACAGACUCAGCAGAUGGCGACAGGCAGCAGAGUGGGAGUCCCUCAUCUGAGCUCAGGAGGAUGGGAACGGAGGAGUUGUCCACCUCCUUCUCGACAGCAGUGUUCAAUGAGAAAACACAGACUCAGUCACAGCAGAGCACGCUGGGGUCUGGGGAUCGAGAAACAGCUCUCCGACAACACAUCGACCUUUUGAAGAAGGAACGAGCGGCCAUUUCUCUGCAUAUGUCUGGCCAAGCAACCGGGGCCAAGCUGAGCUCUGACCCAGCUGGGCAAAGAUGGGGACAAGCGCCUAAAGAUCUCAGCAAACCACCUGAUUCCAAGAGGGAGAAAGCCUCACUGUUUUAUGAGCUUAUAUCCGUCAGGGUAAGAGCUGCACAUUUAAA